AUGGCGACCAAUUCUAAUCUGGCGUUGUUGAUCGACGCGGACAAUGUUUCGGCCAAGAUCAUUGUUGGCCUCAUGGCUGAGAUUGCCAACUACGGCACGGCCAGUGUGAGGAGAAUAUAUGGCGACUGGACAAGCCCAGCGCUUGGUCCUUGGAAAGCGUGCCUACUCAAUCAUUCGAUCACUCCUAUCCAGCAAUUUGCGUACACAUCAGGAAAGAACGCCACCGACGGAGCCAUGAUCAUCGAUGCCAUGGAUCUACUGUACACUGGCAGAUACACCGCUUUCUGCAUAGUCUCGAGCGACAGCGAUUUCACGCGAUUAGCAUCUCGUAUCCGAGAGCAGGCAGUCACGGUCUAUGGCUUUGGCGAGCGCAAGACACCCCAUGCAUUCGUUGCUGCGUGUAACAAGUUCACAUACUUUGACGUGCUGAACAUGACGUUCGAAGAGCCGGCUACAGCCGAUAGACAGUCCCAAGCAGGUGUUUCUCUACCUUUUCGCGAGCGCAUGUCAAAAGGCUCGCUAGAUAUAGCCACUGGAGUUGUCACGUCUCAACUAGAGAAGAGACCUCUUAAUCAAGCCGCUAUACAAGCUCUUGCGAGGGCGAUAACCGACUCCAGGAGCGAUGACGAUGAUUGGGUCAACCUGGCUGUCGUCGGCUUUCAUCUUAGCAAACUCUCGCCAGAUGUUCAUCCACGGAAUUAUGGUUACCAGCGGCUACGAGAGUUUGCUGAGGCUUCGGGCAUUGUUGAGCUAAAAGUACAGCCCAUGGGGGAAAAGCCGCCAGUUUCUCUGGUUCGGCUCAAAGAGAGAAUGCCCACGGGCGCAACUCGCUGA